AACCUGACUACGUCAGACUUCGUACUUCUGCUCAAUUUCAGUUCACUUCUGUACUCAGUCUGAAAUAACAAACCAUCUCCCAGUUUUCCUCCGGGUCCAAAACAGCCAGCUAAUCAACUAACAGAGGGCGGACUGAGAGCCGUGACGUAGAUGCUAAGCUCCCAGUUUAACAUUGUAGUUUAGGUUAGAGAAAUCGAAAAUGACAGCAGACAUGGAGUCACGGGAUGCUAUUUGCUCUGUAAUUCGGAAAUUCAUAAUACAGUAAGGCAAGUAUAAUAAAUAUAAUAUUUCAUAAUGUACGAAUAAGUUAAAAUGUACUAUAUGUGACUAAGAAUUAAUAGCAACACAAACAUCUAUAAUGGUAUUGUUCUGACACUUCCUCUUUAAGAAAUCCAAAUGUAGUGCGCAUGGAACUGUAGCACACAUACUUCGAACAGUAAUGGAGAAGACGCUGAGGAAUCGAGUGAUUAAUGCUGUUUAACUUGUUAAACGUUUAUUUAAAGGCGUGUAAAAGGAAGAAAUGGAAAUACUUAUCUGAGCUGCAUCCUAAACGAUCAACUUUGGGUGAACGAUAUCUGUUGGAGAGUUAUUGUUUUUACUGUAUCUGCUGAUUAGUACAAGAGUGUAAUAUGACAUAUCAAAAGCUAAAUUGUUUAACAAUGGAUUUUAAUGAAGUAUUAAUGUAUGCUGUUUAUAAUAAAAUUUAAUUGAAUAAAACACUGGCGUAGUGAGUACAGAAUGCCUGUUCUGACCCCAAUUUGAGCUGUUUUGAAUAGCGUUGUGCCUUACGGUUUUGUAACUUGCGCAUAGAUAAGCCAGCUCGUAAACUUCUGAUAAAGCUGAUUUAAUGUUGUGGCUUAUAUAGGUACAGAAACUUCUGCCUAGUUAUUGUCAGAAUUUUUUUUUUAAUUGCUACAUGAUAAAUAAUGAUAGCAUAACAGUAAUUAUAGAUGAUGCCAUUAACAUAGUUUUAUGUUAUCUAAGAACACAUAAUUUUAUAUGUCAAGCCUGGUAAUCAUAUAAACAUUAAAAUGCCAACAACUAAACACUAUAGUAACUGUUUAGGCCAGUGGUUUUCAAACUUUAUACCAUGUACCAACUCAGAAAAUAUUUAACUCUCCAAGUACCACCAUACCAGCAUUAAAAUUCAGUAGCACAGUAGGCCUAACUAUUAAAACUAUUAAAAACCAGGCAGUUUUAUCCCUAAUAAUAAUAUUUACUGUUGUCAGCCACUUUAAUAUUGUUAAUAUACAGUUUGAAAAUUAACAUUAACAUUGCACUGUACUUACAAACAGGUACAUAAAAAAAUCUUAAAUUAAAUUGUUGUACCUAAAAGUUCAGUAAAAACUGUAUUGCACUUAAAUGUAAAAACAACUUUAUUCAAAUAAAGAUCAAGUUAAAAUGUAUUUUGUUUUAAAAUGAAUUAAUAAUUAACUUGUGGAUCAUAUGAGUCUUAAUCAUGAUAAAAUCACUUCUUCUCUUCUGCAUUUCCCUUUAAAAACAUUGCAAUUAAUCAAUUUCUGAAUAUUAUAAUAAUAAGUGGAUCUCUUGUGUGCAACUGUGGAUUGUGUGUGCGAGUAUGGAUCUCUCCCGUAUUUUUUUUUUUUUUUUUUUUUGGGAGGUUUUGAUACUGUUUUCACUCCAUAAUGGCAACAGCGAUAUGUCGUAUGUUUGCUUGUAGCGUCAGACUUAUAUCAUGUUUUGCUCCAAAAACACUAGGGAAACAGAAUUUUCCGUUUAAUUUGAUUUACGUAGUUGCAUCACGUUCCAUUCGUGUACAUGCAGGGGGCGGGGUUUAUGAGCUGAACUUCUCAGGACUCACGCAGCAAACAAGUCUUUUUGGCGCCUGAAACUCCUUACCCGAGAGCUUCUUUUGGAAAGAGAGAAGGUUUUACAUAAAAGUCUGUCUGUAAUGCGAGGUAGCUUCGUGCAAAGCGCUUUUAUUUAAGUCACCGCCUGAUGAGGCACAAAGAGCCGAAGCUUUAUACGUGGCGUCUUCUGAGAUCCGCUUCAACCACACACAAACAUCCAGUAAAGCCCCUCCAGCAACCAUCACACCUUCAAAGAAGCUCCUCCCAUGACAAUCACACCUUCAGCGAAGCUCCUCCCACAACAACCACGCCUUCAGUGAAGCUCCUCCCACAACAAUCACACCUUCAGUGAAGCUCCUCCCAAAACAAUCACACCUUUGGUGAAGCUCCUCCCAAAACAAUCACACCUUCAGUGAAGCUCCUCCCCCUGCAGUUCAUCAAUAAAUGCUGGAAUAUUCCCAUCAGUCUACAAGUGAAGAGGAGCAUCAAAGCAUCAGGAAGAAGUGAAAUCGCAGAGACAGAGUUUAUAGAAGAACAGACAGAACAUGAGAGAUUCAGAACCCUGCAGAAUGAACCACACUGAAGACGAAACAGACAAGACAACCAUAAAAAACAACAAAAAAACAAUGCCUUCACAAAAAAGAAGACAGAGACAGAGAGAGAAAGAGAGAAGGGAGGCUGCUAAAGGCAGUUCAACAUUGCAAACAUGGAUUCAAAGCUCCAGCAAGCCAGCAGAGUUGGUCGAAGAAAACGAGGAGGAUGAAGAACGCUCUCAAACCAAACAGAAAGAUUUAAAGAAGAGAAGAGACAAGAAAUCUUUCACCUGCACUCAGUGUGGAAGGAGUUUGACAAACAAACAGAGUCUUGAGGUUCACAUGAGGAUCCACACUGGACAGAAACAGUUCCCUUGUGAUCAGUGCGGGAAGUGUUUCACACAAUCAUCAACCCUAAAGGAUCACAUGAAAAUUCACACUGGAGAGAAACCUUUUGAAUGUGAUCAGUGUGGAAAAACAUUUUUGUGGGCCUCAUCACUGAAGGGUCACCUGAAAGUUCAUUCAAAGGAGAAACCACAUUCAUGUGCUUUAUGUGGAAAGUGUUUUUCACGUCUGCAGAGUUUAAAAGUACAUCAGAAGAUACACACUGGUGUGAGAGAAUAUAUGUGCUUUGAGUGUGAGAAGACUUUUAUUAGAGCUGAAAGUUUGAAACAGCACCAGAGGAUCCACACUGGAGAGAAACCUUACAAGUGUUCACACUGUGACAAGAGAUUCGGUCAGUUAGCAACUCAGAGAAAACAUGAGAUGAUCCACACUGGAGAGAAAACUUUCGAGUGUUCACAAUGUGACAAGAGAUUCAGUCGGUUAGGAUAUCUGAAAACACAUGAGAGGAUCCACACUGGAGAGAAACCUUACAAGUGUUCACACUGUGACAAGAGAUUCAGUCGGUUAGGAGACCAGAAAGUACAUGAGAGGAUCCACACUGGAGAGAAACCUUACAAGUGUUCACACUGUGAAAAGAGAUUCGGUCAGACAGGACCCCUGACAAAACAUGAGAGGAUUCAUACUGGAGAGAAACCUUACAAGUGUUCACACUGUGACAAGAGAUUCGGUCGGACAGGAUCCCUGACAAAACAUGAGAGGAUCCACACUGAAGAGAAACCUUACAAGUGUUCACACUGUGACGAGAGAUUCGGUCGGACAGGAUCCCUGACAAAACAUGAGAGGAUCCAUACUGGAGAGAAACCUUACACAUGUGAUCAGUGUGGAAAGAGUUUGACAAACAAAUAUAGUCUUGAGAUUCACAUGAACAUCCACUCUGGAGAGAAACCUUUCCCUUGUGAUCAGUGCGAGAAGAGUUUCACACAAUCAUCAACCCUAAAGGAUCACAUGAAAAUUCACACUGGAGAGAAACCUUAUGAAUGUAAUCAGUGUGGAAAAACAUUUUUGUGGGCCUCAUCACUGAAGAGUCACCUGAAAGUUCAUUCAAAGGAGAAACCACAUUCAUGUGCUUUAUGUGGAAAGAGUUUUUCACAACUGCAGCAUUUAAAAGUUCAUCAGAAGAGACACACUGGUGUGAGAGAAUAUAUGUGCUUUGAGUGUGAGAAGACUUUUAUUACAGCUGAAAAUUUGCAACAGCACGAGAGGAUCCACACUGGAGAGAAACCUUACAAGUGUUCACACUGUGACAAGAGAUUCAGUCAGUUAGGAUCCCUGAAAAUACAUGAGAGGAUCCACACUGGAGAGAAACCUUACAAGUGUUCACACUGUGACAAGAGAUUCAGUUACUUAGGAUAUCUGAAAACACAUGAGAGGAUUCACACUGGAGAGAAACCUUACAAGUGUUCACAGUGCGAAAAGAGAUUUAGUCGAUCAGGAUCCCUGAAAACACAUGAGAGGAUCCACACUGGAGAGAAACCUUACAAGUGUUCACAGUGCGAAAAGAGAUUUAGUCGAUCAGGAUCCCUGAAAACACAUGAGAGGAUCCACACUGGAGAUAGAUCAUCUUCAGAUCCAGCACUUUCAGCUCUGAUGACUCAUCCUCACCAAACAUAACAAAAUAAAGCGUCAAGCAAUAAAAUCUCUUCUGUAUAAAUCUGUCCUAACAAAGAAACAUCAUCUUAAGUCCACAUGAAUAAAGUUCAUCUGCAAGACCAGCAGUUUCAACUGUAACAUGUUUGUGGGAUUCACACCUGAAAGUUCAUACGAAGGAAAAGACACAUUCAUGCUCUUUGUGUGGAAGGAGUUUUUCACAACUGCAGAGUUUAAUAGUAAAUGUUUUUUUUUUUUAAACAUGUUAAGAUAUUCUCAUUCUGGAAGUAAGAUUUAUGAACUGACAUUUAUUUUCUGAUCCCAUUUUUAUUGUUUUUAAAUCCAUUUUUAUUCUUCCAUUUAUAAUGCCUUAUAGUGCCAUACGUUGUAGAUAAUUUUACUUUGUUGACUGUUUCCUGUCAAGAAGACGGCUGAAUGCGCCUCUUUAAAUGUUUUAGUGGUGCUCGUUGUUGUAUUUUAAAACGCAACUGCAAUGUUUUCAAAUGACACUAUAGUAGUGGUGCAAUGAAUCAUCAUUGAUCCGUGAUCCGUUCGGAUCAAUAUCUUCGGUUCAGCACACACAUGACCCUCGGAUUGAUUUAUGAA